GCGCAGCUCAUGCAGCUGCGACUGGAGUGCUCCGACUGAGUCGGCUAAGCACUUCAUCCCUCGGUUUGUUCGAAAUCAACCAGUCGCUCACUUCUGAGCUCGCUUCCGUCACUCACACCUUGUCGGUUAGAGUGACCAGUCCUCAAAUUGGCUUACUCCGGGCCCGGUAUGCACCCCCGCAGCCAGCACUCUCGGCAUGUCACUACGAGCACAGCCGCCUUUGUUCAAAUAUGCCUUACCGAUCUCCUGCACACUACUGUCCACCACGAGGCAACCAGUAAUGCUCACCUUCCACUCGAGCGACGCUGCUAUCAGUUAUCGACUGGCGCCCCACGGGUUCUCCGUGCGCGUGUGUGUGUGCUGACGGGCACAAUCGGGCUUCAGAACCAUGGCUGCGAACGCCGAAUAGCAAGGGACAGUUGCGCAGCCUGGAUGGCACAUACCUGCCUCUAUUACUGUGGCUUGGUUGUCUUGUUGCCUGCUCGGUGGAUUGCAGAUAAAGGCUGGACAAGCGCACAUCUUCCGACAUUGCCAGCGAACCGACUGUGCCAUCGCUACUUUCGGCCCGCAAAUGUGAUCAGUUCGGUGCUUGUCACGUGCCCUAAAUCUUGCACAGCUCAUGCUAUCAUCUCCAUAGGAUCUAUUGCCGAGCAUCGACACCACACGAUGGCACCACGACUUCGAGACACUGAGCAAGUGCUGGAAUACAUGGACGAACAUCUGACAUCGACUGUAUUCAGAGGCGAAAAACAAAGAUUCUUGCCAAGACCAAACUUUGAAGCUGUCACAGCCGAGGACGUCGUUCGGAUAUUGGUCAAGAAGGAUGGUGACUUGUACCUUGGGCCAGCUGAAGAAGAGGAAUUUGUACGAAAGAUUAUUACCUCGGGACGAAAGAUGUUCGCCACCUGCAUUUAUGCCGAGAUAUCUUUGGCCUGUGUGAAGGCAUUGUUCGAGUGCGGUCUUAGUGAUGCGAGGUUUCCUUUCAAGGAAGACGAUUGCACCGCACAGAAGUACAAACGAAAGUUCAAGAAGGACUACCUGGAAAGACAGAGACUGUUCAAUGCAGCAUACUUCCAGUUGAACUCAGAGCAGAUAUGGACGGGUCACACAGCCAAACCUCUCAUACUGGACGAGGGUGAAUCUGCGCUGCUUGGCAAGGGAGCUUUUGGUAACGUGUACAAAAUCUGGAUACAUCCUGCGCAGCGUUCAUUCUCAAGUGGGGCCAACAAACACGGGCAGUUUGCCAUGAAAGUCACUCAACAUGAAGGCACACGCGAAGUAUCUUUCCACAGGGCAAUGGCAGACUUGUCUCAUAUCCAUCUACUAAAAUGCCUUGCAAGCUUCACAUUCAGCUCGCAGUACAACAUGAUCUACGAGAAGGCCGAUUGCGAUGUUGAAAGAUUCAUGGAGAAACACUCGAACGCACGGCAACUCGCUGACCUCAGACCAGACGAUCUGGCUCAGCAGCUCUUUGGUCUGGCAGAUGCUCUCUGUGUCAUUCAUAACCAAGGUCAAACCGAUCCUGGCGAUACCUCCUCUCUGCUUGCUCCUAGCUCUGUCCAGCCGAAGACUGGUUACAUCCAUGACAUCAAGCCUGAGAACCUUCUCAUGUUCAUCUAUGAGAAUGACGAUGGUAGAAAGACAUACUGGUUCAGGCUGUCAGACUUUUCGUGCGCCAAAGUGGUCGAGACCCUCAUCUCAGGGACUACCAAAAACAGACGUAGUUGGCAGACAGUCAGUAAGUCUGGAACACCUAUAUACCGAGCUCCUGAAGCGGCCGAUGAGGGCAAGACGUCUCGUCCCUACGACUUGUGGUCUCUUGGUUGUGUCUACCUGGAGCUCUUGGUAUGGUUCCUUGACGGCUACGCGGCCUUGAACGAUUUUCGUGACAAGCGCGAAUGUCCAGUCACGCCUGGUGGCCGGGAGGAUGAAGGAUUCUACUACAAGUCUCAGAAGGGUGACAACUUCAAGCUUCGGGAUUUAGUUGUGGAGAAAAUUCAGAGUGUGUCUGAACGCUGCAAUGGCUCUCUUCAGCACAUCGCGAGAGUCAUUCCGAAGCUACUCAAGAUCGAUCCGCAACGCCGCCCCACUGCCGAGCAGUUGGUCAGACAACUAAAGGUCAUCGACAAAGGCACUCGACCACCUGUGGAGGUCAUGUCUGGGCGACAAACUCCAAGCGGUGCUGGUCGUCUGUCACCCCCGUCGGACGUGUCCCAUGGCGAUUCAGAUUCUAGCUUCGACGGUAUGAUCAAAGUUCAGCACCCCACCGAGUAAUGAAGCAUUUCUUCUGUAACUUCACUUUGUUUGUCAUGUAUAGCUGCUGUAUCGUGCUUGGGCGGACUCUGACUCUAGUAGCCUGAUCUCGUCAGGCAAGCAGUAUUUUUGCGCCUUGCUGUACAACUCUGUUUUGCUGGGUGGCUCUCUCUCCCUUGUUCUGCUUUCAAAUACCCGACCUCUCUAGCGAUCGUCGUUACCGUCGUUAUCUGAAUCGGACCCGUUAUGUAACAUUGUAUGCUACAAUAAUCUCGAAUGCCGACAUGUCCAGAGAGGCAGUUCAGUGCAAUAUGACAAAGAGCUGAUGUUCAACUACCUAGAUCACCUUACUCAAUCUUCCCUCAAUUCAAGCAGCUAUUGGUCUUU